UGGGGUCGUUUGCAUUUCCUGAGGUGGACGCUCAGGGGCCGGAGUGUCGCUGACAGAGUUUCCUCCAGGACCUGUGUGCCGCUGUCGUGCAACCCGAGAAUGGCCCGUUCUUAGGCAACGGGCGUCGCAUCCUCCUGCAGCUGUUUGGCGGCCGCUUUUAAAUGAGUCCCCGAAUUCAUUUAGCGUUUUAGUGCUAUGAUUUGGGGUUUUAAAAAAACGUUUGGUCCUCAAAGCUCAGAAUUCUUUAGAAUUUCUCAUUUUAAACCAUUCCUCCUCUUUCCUGUGACGGAAGGGGCUCAGGGCGUAUCUUUUCAAUAAGACCGUGGCUCUCCGAACUGCUCAGGAUUUCUAAAACCUGGGAAUGAAACAUGACUGAGGACUCUCAGAGAAACUUCCGUUCAGUAUAUUAUGAGAAAGUGGGGUUUCGUGGAGUUGAAGAAAAGAAAUCCUUGGAAAUUCUCCUAAAAGAUGACCGGCUGGAUAUUGAGAAACUUUGUACUUUCAGUCAGAGGUUCCCUCUCCCGUCCAUGUACCGUGCGCUGGUAUGGAAGGUGCUUCUAGGGAUCCUGCCUCCGCACCAUGAGUCCCAUGCCCAGGUGAUGAUGUAUCGCAAGGAGCAGUACUGUGAUGUCCUUCAUGCCCUGGAAGUUGUUCGCUUUGUCAGUGAUGCCACACCUCAGGUUGAAGUCUAUCUCCGCAUGUAUCAGCUGGAGUCUGGGAAGUUGCCUCGAAGUCCCUCCUUUCCACUGGAGCCAGAAGAUGAGGUGUUUCUCGCCAUUGCCAAAGCCGUGGAAGAGAUGGUAGAGGAUAGUGUCGACUGUUAUUGGAUUAUCCGAUCCUUCGUGAACCAGUUAAAAAACAAGUACCGAGAGUCUUUACCCCAGCUGCCAAAGGCUUUUGAACAAUACUUGAAUCUGGAAGACAGCCGUUUGCUGAGUCAUCUGAAGACGUGUUCUGCGCUGUCCAAACUUCCUUACGAUCUCUGGUUCAAGAGGUGCUUCGCGGGGUGCUUGCCUGAAUCCAGUUUACAGAGGGUUUGGGAUAAAGUUGUAAGUGGAUCCUGUAAGAUCCUAGUUUUUGUAGCUGUGGAAAUUUUAUUGACCUUUAAAAUAAAAGUAAUGGCUCUGAACAGUGCAGAGAAGAUAACAAAGUUUCUGGAAAAUAUUCCCCAGGACAGCUCGGACGCGAUAGUGAGCAAGGCCAUCGACUUGUGGCACAAGCACUGUGGGACCCCUGUGCACUCAGCCUGAUGGCUUCCGGCGCACGUGGCCUGCGGGGCCACCCUCAGCAGGGACACCGCCUGCUACACUGACGGAAAAGGCUGUUCUUGCUUUGGUGCUCAAAGCAUCAUUUUUUCCCCCAGUAAGGUUAUUUAAGAUACUUGGUGACGUUGUGUUUGGAGCGGCAACUUGUAGUUAGACAGAAGUACAGAACUCAGCUCUGAACAGCCGUUAAAAGGGUUAUUCCAACAGUACCUCCCCAUUCUCCACACAUUGAUCAGGGAGGGUGGGUGAUUUGAUAGGCAAGCCUGCCCCACUCCUCUCUAAUUAGCACCAUGCUCGUUCCUUUCUAAGACUAUUCUGGAAUAAAGAACAACUUCCUUUUGUUGACAACUCCAAGUCGGCGCUCUCCGUGAUGCAGUGCUUGUUUAAGCUGUCUGCUUUUUGAGGCUUCAUCUUGCCAAAUAGGUUUCAAUAAAAGCCUUACAUUGUUUUUUUCUCUGUGUCA